AUGGGACGUAAAUAUACUAAGAAAAUUACUAGAGCCGCUAACAUUGAUCCUUACGAAAAUCUGGCCAAAUUUUAUGAAAGACAAGUCGGAUUUCUCGAGCGUGAAAAAAAACGUGUUAUAAAAUUUUUCAAUAAUAACAAUAUACAAGGAGAUAAUUUGUCAGAUAAAUUAGCAAGAUUACAAAUUUUAAUAGACGAAGGUGAAACAAAUAGAGCAAGAAUUGAAGAACUUUCAAAUAGCCUUUAUAAACGUGAUACAGAAAUUGAAACCUUAAAAGACACCAUUAAGCAUUUAACAAAAGAAAGGGAUGACUACAAAAAUCGAUGUAAUAUUUUGGAGGUCGAGAAUAAAAAAGUAAAUCAAAAAAUAGAAGAAAUGAACGUGGAUGCAGAACGUACGGAAAGACUACAUAAACAGGCUAUAGAGAGAGCAAGAACAAAUAAUCGUAAUCUUUAUGAACAACAGUUAGCUUAUAGCAGGCAACUAACUAAUCAAGGUCUUGUCAGAACAGCACCAGUACUUCAACGAACUGAAUCAGUGUUAAAUUUAGAAUCAGAACUCGAGCCAUUACCAGCAUAUCGAAGGGAAGAAAUAGAGUUGUUGGGCCGUUUUUUGUACAUAUCCGAUGAAGCCAACAAAACCACCGAAAAUAAUGAAAAAUAG